GAACAUGGAGUGGCUGCAGGGUGGCCACAGCUGUCAGCGAGUCAUCGUCCAUACACAGUGAUGCCCUGUUCGACCCGGGGCCUGGUACUCCUGAUCUGGGUCUGGUUCGGGACAUCUCUCUGGGCUCUACAGGUCCUGGUCUGGACCGGAACAUCUCUCUGGGCUCUACAGGUCCUGGUCUGGACCGGAACAUCUCUCUGGGCUCUACAGGUCCUGGUCGGAACAUCUCUCUGGGCUCUACAGGGCCUGGUCUGGGUCAGAACAUCUCUCUGGGCUCCAUAGGUCCUGGUCAGAAAAUCUCUCUGGGCUCUACAGGUCCUGGUCUGGACAUCUCUCUGGGCUCUACAGGUCCUGGUCGGGACAUCUCUCUGGGCUCUACAGGUCCUGGUCGGGACAUCUCUCUGGGCUCUACAGGUCCUGGUCUGGGUCAGAACAUCUCUCUGGGCUCUAAAGGUCCUGGUCGGAACAUCUCUCUGGGCUCUACAGGUCCUGGUCUGGACCGGAACAUCUCUCUGGGCUCUACAGGUCCUGGUCUGGACCGGAACAUCUCUGGGCUUUACGGGUCCUGGGCGGGGUGUUGGGCUAGCGGCCCCCAGGAUGGCCAAAGUUCUUGUCAGUUCUUCUCAGAUGGCCGGAGGAAGGUGGACUAUGUUCUGGUGUUCUACCAACGCAAACAGAUCUCUGUGAGGGGUGGCGACCGGCUGCACCGUCUCUCCGCCCCUCCACACCCUCCUCAUCGCCUCUCUGUCAUCUCCAAUGGUAGCUCCCCCCUCUCCGGCCCUGUGGGGGGUGUGGGGCAGGGGGGUUUGGGAUGUGCAGCCGGGCAGCGGAGUGCGGGGGACGGGGAGGUGUGUGUGGACCUGGCGGUGGAGGUGGAAUUAGAGGCGGACCCAGUUGAAGGAGAGAUGGUGCUGAUCAGGGAGGAGUUUGAGGCCAGGCUACUGGAGGCGGGGCUUGAGAUGGAGAGAGACACCGAGGUCAGGGUCUACGGGCCCAGCUUCACGAGACUCCAUGUCCCCUGGCAGGUCCUGAGCAGAGAGGCAGAGUUCCUCAAGAUCAAAGUCCCCACUAAGAAGAGCUAUGAUCUGAAGCAGGAGAAUGGGUUCAGUGCCAGCCUCAGUGAGUUCUGGAGGAAGGUGAACCAGCCGUUCCAACCCAACAUCCCCCAGCUAGGCCACAGCACCACCAAGCAGCUCUCACACUGCUUCUCCAGGGACAAACUACACUUAUUUAACAUCACCUCUAAAGACACGUUCUUUGACAACGCAACACGCAGUCGAAUAGUGUACGAGAUCCUGAGACGCACCGCCUGCACACGCACCAGCCAAUCCAUGGGCAUCACCACAUUAAUAGCUAAAGGUGUCUAUGAUUCAGCCUUCCCUCUCCAUGAUGGGGAUUAUAAGGUUGUGGGUCACUCUGAGAGGAAUGACAGACAGCUGCUGCAUGAUGAGUGGGCCAGAUAUGGAGCCUUCUACAAAUACCAACCUGUGGACCUCAUCAGGAAGUACUUUGGGGAGAAGAUCGGUCUGUACUUCGCCUGGCUGGGCGUCUACACUCAGCUGCUCAUACCAGCCUCUAUGGUUGGGAUUAUCGUCUUCUGCUACGGCUGUUACACUGUGGAUAUGGACGUACCCAGCCUGGAGAUGUGUGAUAAGCAGCAGAACUUCACUAUGUGUCCUCUGUGUGACGGAGUGUGUGACUACUGGCACCUGUCCACCGCCUGUGGCACCGCCCGCGCAUCCCACCUGUUCGACAACCCUGCCACCGUCUUCUUCGCUAUCUUCAUGUCCCUCUGGGUUGCGACGUUCCUGGAGCACUGGAAGCGUCGUCAGAUCAGUUUGAACCACAGCUGGGACCUCACAGGACUAGAGGAAGAGGAGGACCACCCGAGGCCCAAGUAUGAAACCGUCCUGCUCCAGAAGAGACAGAUGAUGAGGAACAAGGAGAAGAAGAAUGAGAAAAAGAAGAAGAAGAAGAAGAUUGAGCCUGUGCAGCGGGAGGAGGACGUGGCGGCAGGGAAAGACAGGUGGAGACAGAAGUUACUGUCUGCUAUGAACACUGGGACAUCGACAGGUGUGGAGAAGCUGACCUGGAGGGACCGUCUGCCUGGAUACCUCAUCAACAUCUCCUCCAUCCUCUUUAUGUUUGGGCUGACGUUCUCUGCGGUUUUCGGUGUGAUCGUGUAUCGUAUUGUCGUUUCCGCUCUAAUGGCGAUGUCACCUGACCCGGAGACCAAGUCUAACGUGCGUGUCACCGUCACGGCAACCGCUGUCAUCAUCAACCUGGUGGUCAUUCUGAUACUGGAUGAGAUCUACGGAGCUGUGGCCGUCUGGCUCACUGAGCUGGAGAUUCCAAGGACAGAGAGUAACUUUGAGCAGCAUCUGAUUCUGAAGGCUUUUCUACUGAAGUUCAUGAACGCCUACGCCCCCAUAUUAUAUGUAGCUUUCUUUAAGGGACGGUUUGCAGGCAGGCCGGGAGACUACGUCUAUGUUUUUAAUGACUACCGGAUGGAGGAGUGUGCCCCUGGAGGUUGUUUAAUAGAGUUAUGUAUUCAGCUCAGCAUCAUCAUGGUGGGGAAACAACUCAUUCAGAACAAUGUCUUUGAGAUUGGCAUCCCUAAGUUGAAGAAGUUGAUCCGAGCAUGGAAGGGUAAGGGGAUUUCAUUGGAGGAGAGAGAGGAGCAGCGUGCCAGACCUCCUCAACAGUGGAACCUCGACUACACCCUGGUCCCCUUUGAAGGACUGACCCCCGAGUACAUGGAGAUGAUUAUCCAGUUUGGUUUUGUUUCUCUGUUUGUCGCGUCAUUCCCUCUGGCUCCUCUCUUCGCUCUUCUCAACAACGUGAUCGAGAUCCGCCUCGAUGCCAAGAAGUUUGUCACCGAGCUGCGACGACCGGACGCUGUCCAAGCCAAAGACAUCGGAAUCUGGUACAACAUCCUGAGUGGAAUGGGAAAGUUCUCUGUCAUUAUAAAUGCGUUUGUGAUCUCGUUUACCUCAGACUUCAUUCCCAGGCUGGUGUACCAGUACAUGUACAGUCAGACAGGCACCAUGCACGGCUUCAUAGACCACACCCUCUCUCACUUCAACGUGUCCAACUUCAGACCCGGCAACGCCCCCACCUCCUCAUACCUCCCUGAGACCACCGUCUGCAGGUAUAAGGACUACAGAGAGCCUCCAUGGUCAGCUGAAGCCUACCAGUUCUCUAAAACCUACUGGGCCGUCCUUGCUGCCAGACUGGCCUUCGUCAUCCUGUUCCAGAACCUCGUGAUGUUCCUGAGCCUGCUGGUUGCCUGGGUGAUCCCAGACGUACCGAAGAACAUCAGUGAGCAGCUGAAGAGAGAGAAGACUCUGCUGGUGGACGUGUUCCUCCGGGAGGAGAAGGAGAAGUUCCACCUCCUCCAGAGCCUCUUCUCCUCCAAGGACCAGCCCAGCCAGGGUCACCCCGACACGGCCCACUUCCGUACUCUACCCCUAGGCCUCUCUCAGGGCCUAGGCCAGCCCCCGGGCGGAGAGGGAGGGGAAUCCCGGGCGAGAUGCAGGGCUGCCAGUUUCAGCCAGUUCACCAGACAGAUGUCCAUGUCUCCUAGCAACAACGCAGGCCGACAGAUGUCCAUGUCUCCUAGCAACGACGCCACCCGACACACAGCGGUCUGACACGCUACUGUAGCGGUUGGAUACAAACGUUCUUUAUCCCCACAGGAGAAGUUCAGACACUAGUGUGGUAGCUACAUGGAGUCUGAAUGCUGUGAUCUCUCACCCAUGUAGACUUGGUGUUCUCUUUCUGAAGCAGUGUGAUGAUGGAACAUACUGAUCAGGGACUUGUUCUUCUGGCCGGAUAAUCUACAUAUUCUUGACCAUUGUAUGUUAAUCUGCAUGAUGAGAAGUGACUGUAUAGUUCCCUUAAGGAAAAACACCUUCAGCCUGACGGCUCUGAGAGAGCUUCCCAUGUCUGGAACACACAUGGAGCUGCUGUUUACGGUACCUUCACCAAUAACCUAAAGACAUGGCUAACGGACAGUCAGGUGUGUCAACACCAUCCCCCAGCUGUGUAGACCUGCUUUCCAUGCUGUCUGCUAUACAGUCUUGGCUCUUUUUCUGUCAUGCUGUUUGGUUGCUUUUUGUGUUGUUGCUUUCUGUCUGUCUAUGUUAAGUGUUACUGGUCAUAUGUUGCUCUGUCUGUCUGUCUGUCUCUGUCUGUCUAUCUGUGUCUGUCUAUCUGUG